AUGAGCUCUAUCCCAGCACCUCGAAUCCGUCGCACGGCGCAAAACACACAGUUCACAUACAAUAUCUCGCGACGCGUGAACGAUGUCCAGACCUACCCCGUUUAUUCUCCCCAGGGUGCUACAAUCCUCAUAUACGGCCAUGAAAAUGGCGUAACUGUCGCAUGGCGAGGAGGUAAGCGAUUCAAGACUGCCAAGAAGGCGACCCAACCCGAGAAGCAAAAUGGAAGUGCGGAGGAUUCUGUCAUGAUCAUCGACUCGGAUGACGACGAACCACCAGCAAAGUCAAAGCCUUCAUCUCACUAUGAGGAUAAACCCCAGUUUGAGGACGAGGUCGAGGACAGCCCAUACCCCGAAAUAGUACAGACUCUCGAUCUUGCGCUUGGAACUGCGGUCCUGAAAGUUGCGGUUAUGCCCAUGACUCCAACACCUGCAGAAGACGCUGCCUGGGGAGGAGCUAAAGUACUUACCGAUAAGAUGGCCUUUGCUGUCUCAUGUGCCACGAACGAUGUCUAUGUCAUUACGCUCCCUCUGAGUCCCCCUUCACCAGAGAGCAAGGCGAGACCCGAGCUCAGGAACGAUCUUCUGGCAGGAACGGCUGGUUCUGGGGCUUGGGGUGAGUCGCUCAUCUUGCUCGGUGGCCAGAACAAGCACAGCGAGGGCAUCGCCAUCAACCUGAUUAUGCCAACAUCGACUGAGCGACCUGGUACGAAGUCGAGGGCUGUUGUGGCCUCGCAUUCACGUGAGGCUUCUGGUGUACUUCGGUUAUGGGAUGUCCCUCUAGAUAUCGGUGACAAACCCUCCAAAGCUGUUGAGCCAUUCCAGACCGAGUAUCUACCCAACCCCCUUGCAAGCAUAUCUUUCAACUCCACGCAUACGACACAGCUGCUUGCUGUCUCGGCACUACAGGGCGUCCGUAUUUAUGAUUUUGCACGACCUUCCUUCACCGACACAGAUGCCACCGGACCUUUUCCUGUCCAGGGCUCAUGGCUACUCUCAAUGUACCAGCCUUUUGCUCGCCCCUUAUCGACAAGGAAGCCGAUCAUCGACGCUGUUUGGGUAGCACAUGGGCGUGCGAUACUAGUGCUCCUAGCUGACGGCAUGUGGGGUAUCUGGGAUGUUGAUGGUGUCAGUCCUUCCGGACCAGGCGCUGUCCUCUCAAGCAAACUCCAAACUGGAGUCAAGGGAGCCGCUUUGACAACAUUCAGCGCUUCUGGAUACAUAGAGGGGACAAGCUCACUGAGAAGUAUUACGACACAGAACAAGGAGCAUACUACUGGAGAGUUUGCGCCCAUGACUCCUCACACUCGACGACAAGCUACCGCCUCACUAAGCUCUGCCAUCACCCUUGACCGCUUGGCUACCAUCCGAGGAGGCAUCAAAGUGCUGUCUUUGCCGAGCAGUGGAAGUGCCAUUCAAGACGAAACAGUCGUUCUCUGGGUGGGUGGACUGGAACAUGUUUGUGUUAUCCCCGGAAUAACACGAUUCUGGGAUUCCCAGCUGCGACAGGCUACCGGUACUGGUGGCGACAUCUUCAGUGGUACUCAGCCUGUGAAGAUGAUCAAGCUUCUAGAUCUGGCUACUGGGCUACUGGGCGAGAGAUGUUGUGGAGUUGGGCUGUUGAUAGACCCAGACCACAACAUUACAGCCCAAGACAUCAGUAUACCAGCGGAUGUUAUCGUAUACGGCGAGACCAGGAUCGUCGUUGUCCGGGAAGGAGAGGACGGACCAGGCAAGAUUGUCGGUGCCGUGGUCAACGCAAGAAGGCGUAACUUAUUCUCAAAGGGGGAUAAGUCCGAUGCCAUCAUUGUGCACGGCAAGCAAACAAGACUAGCCAAGAAUUCGUUCAACCUGAGUACUGUAAAGCCAGGUACAUUGCGACUUCGAGGCAACCAUGACUUUGGACAGGAACCCGAUCCUAAUCUGCCAUCGUCACGACCAACGAUUGGCUUCGACUUCAUGGACACACUAAACGCGGCAGCGGAUAUUGGAGUCGACGAUGAUGAAAGAAAUGUGGAAGUUGAGAUGCUGGAUAUUAUGGAGAUUGACAAAACACUUGAGAGCAUGGAUAAUGGCCGAAGACGGACAUGA